CGCGCUACCGGGGGUGCGGCGGCACCGACCGCGCCGGCACCGCACGCACCGGGGCGUGCAGGGCUGCGUGAGGAGCUGCUGCACGGCGGUUGUGCGCUGUGGGCGUGGAAGGAUGAAAUAUGGUGCUUUACAGGCAUGGAAGAAGAUGAGUCAGCACCUCAGGGAGUUCGCCGCCGCGGGCCCGGAGCCUGCCGUUAACCGUGCGGGAGCCGCAGGGAUAUGAAUUGCCGUCGCCCCGGCGCCUGGGUGCCCGCGGCGCGCAGGGACUGAGCAGGAGCCGGACGGGCCAUGGGGUGUCCUGCGUGGGGCCUCGCCCGCACCCCGGGCACUGCCGUCUCCGGCUGAGAAGCUGCUGCUGUGAGAUCCUGACGGCUCUUCCUGACGGCGUGGAGGGCUGAACACGAGUGUGAGCUCCACCUGCCACCACACCUGAGGCACCUGCUCUUGCUCUGCAGAGAGCCCAGUGCAAGCGCCGCGGGAGGAGCUGGGCUGAAUAAAAGACCGUGCGCUCAGUGCCAGUGUCUAAUGGCCCCGAAGUGAAGAGCCAAGCGCUGCUCCGGCGGCGGCGCGGCCGGCCUGCCGCAGAUGAACCCUCCUAACUAGCGCCGAGGGGUCGGGAGGGACGGCGAGGAGGGGAGAGCCCGAGGGGCCAGCCGGGAAGACGAGGAUAGCGGUGGAUAGCAGUGUGCGGAAGAGGACGGACCCGCGAGCAGCUCCACGGCUACCUGUCGACACAUGCUGUGCUCCAUGGCUAACUCGGGCUGCCUCCUUGUCUCCAACUCAGGCAUGCUUCCUCACUCUCUCCCCUGUCCUCCAGCCUUCCUCUACCUCCAACAGGGUAACCAGGACGCCACGGCCCCGCCGGAUGCGAUGGCUCAGCCCUACCCCCCCGCCCAGUACCCCCCGCCCCCCCAGAACGGGAUCCCCGCAGAGUACGCGCCGCCGCACCCCCACCCCACGCAGGACUACUCGGGGCAGAGCACGGUACCGGAGCACGCCAUGACCCUCUACACACCAGCACAGAGCCACCCCGAGCAGCCGGGCAGCGACGCCAGCACACAGUCCAUAGCAGGGACACAGACGGUACCGCAGACAGACGAAGCGGCACAGACAGACAGCCAGCAGCUACACUCCUCAGACAACACAGACAAGCAGCAGCCCAAGAGGUUACACGUCUCCAACAUUCCCUUUCGAUUCCGGGACCCCGACCUGCGGCAAAUGUUUGGGCAAUUCGGGAAAAUUCUGGACGUGGAGAUAAUUUUCAAUGAGCGGGGCUCCAAGGGUUUUGGGUUUGUAACUUUUGAAACUAGCACAGAUGCCGACCGGGCACGGGAGAAGCUGAAUGGCACCAUCGUAGAGGGCCGGAAGAUUGAGGUGAACAAUGCCACGGCCCGGGUCAUGACCAACAAGAAGGUGGCCAACCCCUACACCAACGGCUGGAAGCUGAACCCAGUGGUGGGAGCAGUCUACGGCCCCGAAUUCUACGCAGUAACGGGGUUCCCGUACCCCGCCACGGGGACGGCCGUGGCCUACCGAGGGGCACACCUCCGGGGCCGGGGCCGGGCUGUCUACAACACCUUCCGCGCCGCGCCGCCGCCGCCGCCCAUCCCCACCUACGGCGCGGUCGUCUACCAGGAUGGCUUCUACGGAGCUGAGAUCUACGGGGGCUAUGCUGCCUACAGGUACGCCCAGCCCGCAGCAGCAGCGGCUGCAUACAGCGACAGCUAUGGCAGAGUGUACGCAGCAGCAGACCCCUACCACCACACCAUUGGCCCCGCCGCCACGUACAGCAUUGGCACCAUGGCUAGUCUAUACCGAGGAGGGUACAGCCGCUUCACUCCCUACUAGCAAGACAGACCCAGCCCCCCCACCACUGCCCCCGAUGCUCACUAGCACCAAACCAAACCAGGCAGACAGAGCCGAGGCCGAGCCUGCGGAGGAGCCGCGGGUGCUGCCCGGGUGGCCGGGGCUGGCGCCGGGCUCUGUGGGGCAGCAGCACCCCACACCCAUAGGGUUACCUCAGCCGUUCCGUCCUGCCGCCCGCCCGCCUCUCCGGCACCUUCCAGCGGGGCCAGCCCUCGCCCCAGCAGCGCCCCGUGCCCACAGCCGGGCUGCCGGGUGCCCCCGCUGCCCUGGCCGGGCUGCCGAGGGCUCAUCCCCCCGCGGAUGUGCUCAGCCUGCAGGGCUGCUCGCUCCGCAGGCGCUGGGGCUCGACGGGACAGCAGCCCCCCGAGCAGCCCCUCUGCCCCAUAGGAGAGAGAGGAGCCAGCUGGGGUUGCUGCCAGCUGUGGGGCCUGGCGAGGCUGGGGUGGGUUUGGGAUCCAGGGCAGCCCGGCGGGCAGGAGCGCUGCUCUGCAGGGCUGGGUGUGAUGGGCUGGGCUGGGACGGUGCCUGCGUGCCCCCGGCCACCAGCUCGGCCUGAGUGCUCCAGCGAAAGACCUGCCUCUCUUGUUUCUGUUGUAGUGAACCCGUGGCUGUUUCCUUCUGGGACCAGGAAGG